AUGUUAAAAACACGUGAAACUAGUGCAGAAAUUCAACAAAAAUUACCAUGGCGUUUACGUGUAUUUGAAAAUAUUCCUGAUCAUCCUCAAAUGAUUGAAUUAUCACAAGAAUAUUAUAGAAAUGUAAAUAAUCAACGUUUAUUAAGUGGUGAUGCUAAUCAAGUAGAAUUAGCAAGUAUAGCUGAUAAUAAAGUAUCAAUAUUCAUAGAACAAAAUAAGAUUCGACUUGAUCGAAAAAAUUCGAUGCGUCGUUCAGGUUAUCGAUCAAAACCAGUAAAUGUUAUACAUGAAAAUGGAUAUAUUGGUCGAAAUCAUGAUGAUUAUGAUAUCAAACUAUUUCAAUAUCGAAAACAACAAGCUGAAAUAAAAGGAAAUCAAGAGGAAGAAGAUCUUCGUGAAAAUCAUCCAUCUUUUGAUAGACCUUUAUUUAUAAUUGGACGUGAAAGUAAUUUUCGAAAAUUUUGUCAAUUUCUUGUAGAAGCUCGUUAUAAUGUUAAAACUAAAGAUUCUCUUGGACAAGAAUUAAAAAUUAGUCGAUAUAAACAAGGAUAUAAAUUUCUUGGUUUAGUUACAUAUCUUUAUUGGAUUAUCAUACUUGGAACAAUAUUAUCAACAAUAGCCGAAUAUCUAUUUGUUAUUUUUAUGAGUGUUGAAUUAACAUUAAAAAUUUUUGCACAUGGUUGA